GUGUGGCCGCCGCCGCGGGAACCGGAGCCCGGUAAUUUUUCAACCGAGAAAGACGAGGCUUUCGGGCUUGGCAGAGUGAGAGUGAGCGAGAGUCCGGCUCCAGCAGCAAUCUUCUGGCGUGACAGUUGGCAUGGAGGCUCCACAGAGUAAAGAGGGUGGCGGCGAGGCCGUGGCUCCCGCGCAGCAGGAGUCGCCGCGGCCGGAGUGUGCGGAGGAGCAGCAGCUGCCCAGUCUCGAGAAAAAGCAACGAUGUAGCUUUGAUGGCCAAGAAACAAAAGGAUCUAAGUUCAUUACCUCCAGUGCAAGUGAUUUCAGUGACCCAGUUUACAAAGAGAUUGCUAUUACGAAUGGUUGUAUUAAUAGGAUGAGUAAGGAAGAGCUCAGAGCUAAACUUUCAGAAUUCAAGCUCGAAACCAGAGGAGUAAAGGAUGUACUAAAGAAGAGACUGAAAAACUAUUACAAGAAGCAGAAGCUGAUGUUGAAAGAGAGCAAUUGUGCUGACAGUUAUGACUACAUUUGUAUUAUUGACUUUGAAGCCACUUGUGAAGAGGGUAACCCACCUGACUUCAUACAUGAAAUAAUUGAAUUUCCUGUUGUUUUAUUGAAUACGCAUACCUUAGAAAUAGAAGAUAUGUUUCAGCAGUAUGUAAGACCAGAGAUUAACACACAACUUUCUGAUUUCUGCAUGAAUCUUACUGGAAUUACUCAGGAUCAGGUAGACAGAGCUGAUACCUUCCCUCAGGUACUAAAAAAAGUAAUUGAUUGGAUGAAAUUGAAGGAAUUAGGAACAAAGUAUAAAUAUUGCAUAUUAACAGAUGGUUCGUGGGAUAUGAGUAAGUUUUUGAGCAUUCAGUGCCAACUCAGCAGGCUCAAAUAUCCUUCUUUUGCUAAAAAGUGGAUCAAUAUUCGAAAGUCAUAUGGAAACUUUUACAAGGUUCCUAGAAGCCAAACCAAACUGACAAUAAUGCUUGAAAAAUUAGGAAUGGAUUAUGAUGGGCGGCCUCACAGUGGUCUUGAUGACUCUAAGAACAUCGCCCGAAUAGCAGUUCGAAUGCUUCAAGAUGGAUGUGAACUCCGGGUCAAUGAGAAAAUGCAUGCAGGACAGCUAAUGAGUGUGUCCUCCUCUUUACCAGUAGAGGGCACUCCGCCUCCACAAAUGCCACAUUUUAGAAAGUAGCAGCAUUUUUGUUUGGAUCAUUCUACUUGCAGUUGCUACAAAGAGGGAGCAGAAUUGAAUUAGUCCUGCAGUGCAAACUUUAAGCACCUUAAACAUGUAAGAUCUUAUUACAGUAAUUGAUAGAUAUAGGUAUAUAUGUAUGUGAGCAGAUUGUGUGGCAGGGCAUAUUGAAUUCUUUGUCACCAGCACUUUUGAUAUGAGCAGUAUGUGUUACACAGUAACAGUUCCUGCUUAGAACUGAAUUUGAUAAUUUGAGGUGUCUAAGGCAUGUUCCUUUUGAUUUUAAAAUGCAAAAUCUUAUUGGUUCUUCCCUUGAAUUUCAUAUCUUAUUGAUGUUAAAAUAUAGAAUAUAUUUCUAUAUUAACAUCAUUAAAUCAUUUCUUAAAAAUGCAGAAAAGAUAGGAAGGUAGGCCUUACCUAACCUUUGGAUUUUAGAAGUAUCAUUGUCAUUUUGAUUUUUGAAGUCAUAUGCGAAGUUCGGCUACAUGUGGUGAAUUUCAUAAGUACUUGGUAUAUGUAUGUUUCUUUUAGACUCAGAAGACUUGUGAUGGAUUAUAGGGUCUGGUUAAAAAUUCAGUUACUGAUGAGAUUCAUGAAAAGUCAGAAGGAAAUACUAUUUAAAGGAAUAUCCUAAGGGCUGUAGCUCAAACUUUAUAAAAUAUAAAUAAAUCAGUGGGGAUUUUUGGAUUUGGUUGUUUGGUUCCCCUCCCUCAUGUGACAUGUAUCUGCCUUAAUUCUUAAAUCUAAGAGACCAUGCUUUGAAAUAGACAAAAUUAAGGGUCGCCACCUAAUUCUACAUUUGUAUUCAGUAUUAUAAGUGAGGUUAAUAAAGUCAAGUAAUACUUUUUACCAUGUCUUAUGUUUUUGUUAUUUAAAAACUCCAUUGGCCACCAGUGUAGUUAGUCAAUACUUGCUUGUCUGA